AUGGCAGCUGCAGGACUCCAGCUUCUUGGCAUUUUCCUGGCAAGUAUUGGAUUUUUGGGAGACAUCAUUGUCUGUGCCCUGCCGAUGUGGAAAGUGUCUGCUUUCAUCGGGAACAACAUCGUAACGGCACAGGUCUUCUGGGAAGGACUGUGGAUGAACUGCGUGAAGCAGAGUACCGGACAGAUGCAGUGCAAAACCUACGACUCCAUGCUCGCUCUGCCACGAGACCUCCAGGCUGCACGGGCCCUGAUCGUGAUCUCCAUCCUGGCCGCCUGCCUGGGACUGCUGUUCGCCAUCGCCGGGGGGAAGUGCACCAACUGCAUCGAGGAUGAAGCAGCCAAGAGCAAAGUGGCCAUCACAGCUGGCGUGAUCCUCGUCAUCGCUGGGAUCCUGUGCCUCAUCCCUGUGUCCUGGUCUGCUAACGAGGUCAUCAGGAACUUCUACAACCCCAUGAUGAACAACGCACAGAGGCGGGAGCUCGGAACUCAACUUGUUGGUUUUCUCCUGGCAUUCAUUGGCUUUCUUGGAACUAUACUCAUCUGUGCACUGCCGAUGUGGAAGGUGACAGCCUUUGUUGGGGCAAACAUCGUCACUGCUCAGGUCUUUUGGGAGGGUUUGUGGAUGAACUGCGUCAUACAGAGCACAGGCCACUUGCAGUGUAAAGCCUAUGAUUCCCUCCUGGCUCUGCCACCAGACCUGCAGGGGGCCCGGGCCCUGAUCUGCGUCUCUCUCGCUGUCAGCGUGGUGGCCAUUGGGCUCACGGUGGUUGGAGUCCGCUGCACAAACUUCUUUCAUUACGACAGGCUGACCAAAACCAACGUCGGCAUAUCUGGAGGCGUGGUGUUCAUACUCGCAGGGAUCCUGUGCAUCAUUCCCGUCAGCUGGUCGGCUCACACCAUCAUCACAGGAUUUUAUAACCCUGAAGCCAGUGAGGAGAGGAGGGGGGAACUCGGAGCCUCCAUGUAUGUGGGCUGGGUUUCUGGAGCUCUGCUCGUCAUCGGAGGAGGGAUACUGUGUGGUACCUACAGAUUCAGAUGACAAGGUGCAUCCAGAAUGGACAACAUUCUGUCAAGCUUUAAUUCAAGCACUAAUUUUAAUGUUUGAUUCAUUUUUAAAUUGCACUGACAUGUUGCAACAAAACAUGUAACUUAUUGAAGUAAACUGCAUGGGCAGGUCCUGAUGUACAGAGGUUGACUGCAUGAAUGAAAUGACAAUAGUAGAACCCUGGUUUAAUUAACUUGGCUGAAGCCAUUUAUGUGAAUGUAAACUGAAGAAUGAAGUUUCCUCUGAAGAUUUCUGGGUUUAUUUAUUUGUGCAUUUUAACUGGCAUUCAGUGCUGUAAGUUUAAAUGCAACUUUUGUUUUGUUUUGUUGUUUUUUAAGAAUUUAGAUUUUUUUUAAAUUUAUUUUUGUAUGUUUUUCCGCUUAAAGAAUUUCCAUAAACUGUAAUAAAAAUGAAUCAGCCAAGAAAAGCCUAACUAUUAAUAACUGUUUUAUCAAAGAGAAAAUUGAAAAAAAGCUGCCUUCAACUGAUUUAUUUUUUAUUAUCCAUUUUUUCAUUGUUUGUGACACUAACCAGCUGUCGAGUAUGUUUUACCAUGUGAAGAGGACAGAAAUGUUAAUUUUUG